UUCAGUUCAGUUUUGAGUUUAGUUUGGUUAUAGGCAGCUUGUUUACUAGAUUUAAGUUUAUUUUAUAAAGUUGUGUAUUGCAUUUGACCAAGUUUUAAAUAAAAAUGUAUUGAUUUAUAAGUGAAUAAGCUUUCUCAAGUGAAAAUGGAGAAAAUAAACUGUAGUUUGCUUUUGAUAUCCCUCUGUGCAUUGUUAUGGGGUGUGGCCGGCCAAUACGAAUGGCAAUUGAGGGAUGCUUUCGAUGAAAUUAGAGGCAGAAUGGACAGGGUUUCCGCAGACAACUGCUACAUUACACAUCUGGAUGAUUUGUUUCUUCCACCAGACUCGGUUUCGCAUCAUCCUGAUGUAAAAGAGAUCAACAUUAACCCUGUCUUUCUGAACCGAACGGCGAUGCUUCAUUUACAUAACAUGGCAAUGAAUCGAGCAUUUUUCUGGAGCUAUAUCCUACAGUCCAGGUUCAUUCGACCGGCUAUCAAUGAUACAUACGACCCCGGCAUGAUGUAUUACUUUCUUUCAUCGGUGGCAGAUGUUUCUGCAAAUCCUUACAUAAACGCCAGCUCUAUCUACUUCUCUCCGAACAUGUCAUACACGUCUUCAUACAGAGGAUUCUUCAAUAAGACAAUGCCCCGGUUUGCUCCUAGAGCCUACAGAUCUGAUGACUUUAAUGAUCCUGUGCAUCUACAGAAGAUAUCAACAAUGAAUACAUUUAUUGCUGAAGAUCUGGGAGCAUUUGAUCCAGAGGCUAAGUCUAAGGACUACACAUCUGAUUUUUACCGAACAAAUGAAUGGUACAGUAAGUGGCUUCCUGAUAGAGUUGGAGAUCGCCAUGACACAAAAACCACCUACCAGGUUGAAAUAAGAUAUGCAAAUAACACUAAUGAAACAUUUACAUUCCAUGGACCACCUGGCAAUGAUGAGGUUCCAGGCCCCGUCAACUGGACGCGCCCUUACUUCGACUGUGGAAGACUUAACAAGUGGCUGGUGGCUGCUGUUUCACCAGUUGCUGAUAUCUUCCCCCGCCAUACCCAAUUCAGACACAUUGAAUAUCCCAAAUACACAGCUGCUGUAGUGAUGGAGAUGGACUUUGACAGGAUAGAUAUAAACCAAUGUCCCGAGAGUCAGGGCAAUGAUAAGCCAAAUCGGUUCAAAGCUACAGCAAGAUGCAAAAAUGAAACAACAGAGUGUGAGCCCAUUCACGGCUGGGGUUUCCGCCGGGGCGGCUACCAGUGCCGCUGCAAGCCCGGCUACCGUCUGCCGAGCAUCGUCCGCCGCCCGUAUCUCGGCGAGAUCGUCGAACGAGCCACCUCCGACCAGUAUUUCAACAAUUUUGACUGUCUGCCUAUUGGAUGGAUCCAGCGCCUGCCUGUGAAAUGGGAGCGUUCGCUGCCGUUCCUCCGCGCCAUGUACCUGGACAAGUACUACGAGUAUGUGAACGCGAGCUCCGGUCCGACCGCCCUGCACACGGAGCGCCCCAACGUGUAUGAGGUGCUCAACUUCAUACGGGGCGUGCAGCCUCACAACUGCUCAUUAUACAACCCAUCUGAUCUCUUCCUGAACGGCGACAUUGCUUUCGGUGCAGAAGAACAAUUUGCGAACCAGGCCAAGAUGGCUGUCCGUAUGGCUAACUUCAUCAGCGCCUUCCUGCAGGUAUCGGACCCGCGGGAGGUGUUCAGCGGCACGCGCGUCGCCGACAAGCCGCUCACUGAGGACCAGAUGAUCGGCGAAACCUUGGCUCUCGUUCUUGGAGACUCCAAGAUUUGGUCCGCCGGAAUAUUCUGGGACAGAAAUAAAUUUACAAACAGGACCUUCUUUGCGCCGUUUGCUUACAAGACUGAACUCAACACUAGGAAAUACAAACUGGAGGAUCUCGCAAGACUCAAUACUACAGAGGAACUCUACACGAACCAACCAUGGUUCCAAUUCCUGAAGCAACGCUGGUCGACCAGCUUCGACGAUUUGGAAAAGUUCUUCCUCAAAAUGAAAAUCCGUGACGACGAGUUCGGGAAAUACUUGAAACACUACGAGAGAUAUCCAACUUCUUACAUGGCCGCUAACUUGAAACAUGGCCACUGGACGACGCCCUACUUUGACUGUAAAGGCCAUUUGAAACAGUGGGUUACGACGUAUGCCGCGCCGUUCUUCGGAUGGGACAGUGUUAAAGUGAAAUUGGAAUUUAAGGGUGUAGUGGCAGUAACAAUGCAGCUAAUGUCCUUGGACAUCAACCAGUGCCCUGAUAAGUAUUACGUGCCCAACGCCUUCAAGGGGACCGAUAAAUGUGACCGGCUAUCUUCUUAUUGUGUACCAAUCCUGGGUCGCGGCUUCGAAGCCGGCGGCUACAAGUGCGAAUGCCUCCAAGGCUACGAGUACCCGUUCGAAGACGAGAUCACCUACUACGACGGGCAGAUCAUGGAAGCAGAGUUCCAGAACAUUAUCGAGGACAAGAAGACUCGCAUAGACAUGUUUAAGUGCAGGCUUGCGGGCGCGGCCGCCAUACAGAGCAGCUUCGCUGUGCUGCUGGCCGUCUUAUAUUUAGUUUAUAAGCUUAGGUAAAACAUGCACUGAGUAAAGGACACUUGCGGCGGCAAAAUAAAAGCCACUGGGAUAAUCCAGUGGUUGAAGAUGGGUGAAUCAAGUUUUUCUUGCCUAUUAUUGCCAUGGUUACGGUCCCCUGAGUCACGCCGGUUUUAUGCAAAAUUAUGCUACUGAAAUUAUUCAAGCAUGCAUGUAGUCCAUGUUUGUAGGUGACAAAUUAAGGAAAGGGCUUGUUAACACCAGAAAAAUGCAUGUUUUCAUAGUUUAAGUAGCAUAAUUUUGCAUAAAACCAGCGUGAAUCAGGGGACCGUAACCCAUGGCAAUAACAGGCAAGAAAAAGUUCAUUCACCCAGAUAUAUUUUUACUGCAUAGCACAUCUGCAAGUUUAACAUUUAAUCGUUACUCCAUAACCUAUCAAGGUUAUUCGAAAUAGAUAUGAAACAUGGUAUGGCGCCUUUUCUAACCUUUUAUAGGGCCUACAGUUUAAGAACCCCUGGGUUAACACCUUAAAAAUGUGCAAAACUUUCGUAGAGUAAAGCACAGGUAUGCUGCCGUAGAACGGAUCUUCAUUUUAAUUAAAAUAUACAAAAAUGUGCGCCGUAGUGAGCUGAUGAUUUUAAAUUAUGCGUGACUUAUGACAUGGAGUUGCAAUCUCGACCGGAAAAUGCCUUAAUAUACGCCAUAAGGUGUAAAUACGUAGUUACAUUUUCAUUUAUAUCCAAAGCUAUAAAUUAUCUGAUAAUUACACAAUUGUAUCUUAUGUUUACAAGUUAUUAGUUUAGAAUUUUUCACAUUUACAAUCUAUCAGAUUUUCUGAUAAGCAUUUUUUUUUUACUUUUGAUGCGUAAACGCCGUCCAUGUAACAACUAGACUGAUGUAGUUAUGUUAGGUUGAAUCUCAUAUUUGGUGUAAAAUGUCACUUUACAUGCAUUUUUAGUUACGAAUAAGUUAACAUUUUAUGUACUGAUAUUAUCCUCGUAUUCUUACUUAUUUUUUAGUACUUACAGUUUUUUUCUUAUACAGAUUUACCUCCUUAUUCAUAAACGCUCACUAAAGUUAUCAAGCCGACAAAUUUCGUUUGUCCCUUUCUAUCACACCAAUACGUCGGUAAGGGAUAAACGAACUUUGUCGGCUUGAUAACUUUAGUGAACGUUUAUGAAUAAAGGGUUUACAUUUUAUUUUCUGUUUAAUUUUUAUAAUGGUUUCUAUUUUUAUGAUGUAUUUUUCGUCUGUGCCGUCCAUAUUUAGACUGAAUGAAAUUGACGCGACGAAAGUUGAGGUUAUGACAUUCCCAUAAGUAUUUUUACAAAUCGCGUGAGCUAUGUACAUACAGUAGCAGCUAUCUAAUUAUCUAUAGUAUAGUAAGAACAAGAUAAUGUCACUAUAAUGGCUUCACACGCUUGGCACACAUACCGAAAACCAGCGGAUAUAACACGGUUUCCCCACGCUUGGCGAAUAUGUCAGUUUGUCGAACAUCCCAUUAGAUUAAUAAAAAAUCGACACUAAUUCCUAUCACUGACAAACAUAAAUCAAAGCAGAUUCGUGUUUUUUUGCUGUUUGCCAAGCGUGUGGUGGCGCCGUUAUAAAAUUCAUUAAAAGUAAUAUUAUUGCUUAUUAAUAUUAAAUGAUGAAUUGAAAAGCAAUCUAAUUAAAAUUUAAUUAUGAUAUUCCAGUGAUGUUAGUGGGUAUGACUUUAUUUCAAUUUUAGUUAUAAAAUCAUAUCAUCCUUUGAAUAUAUUAGUGUUUAUACAUAAUCACAUAAGUAUUUAAUUGUGUGGUACCAAAUAUGUUUGGAUAUUGUAUUAUGUUGUCCUUGCUUUUUCAUAAUGUGUAGGAAUGUCAAUUAGUUUUACUAGAAUUAACGUUAUUAUACGCGCAAUGACGGGGUUCAAGUGUACAAUAAUUCAUAGUCUAACGGAACUCAUAAAAAAUUGCACAAAUGGGGAUCAAAUUUACUUUACUUUUCUAACCACUUAUAAUACUUGUCUAUUGAUUUACUCAUAUUUGAGUAAAGGCUAUCUUCUUUAUAAGCUGCGUCAAAUCGUAUCAAAAUCCUUUCAUGUUUGUUUACUUCAUUGCUUUUUCUCCUGUGGUUAUUUUUGACACUUCCGAUUAUUAAGAUGAAGAAUAAAAUUAAUAUAAAGAAGAAGGCGCUUGAUUGUUUUACGCGAUGUAUCUACGCGACGUUUAAAACAUGUGAUCAACUGAAUGUAGGAAAAAUGACAAUAAGCUUACCCCUCUGCAUUUACCGCGUAAAACAAUGACCAAUUGUCUUUAAACUUACAGACAUUUUGCAGGAUUCUGAAAGAUUAGCUGUGAAUUAUGAUUUUGUUAUUAAUAAGAACACACAUCAGCAAGUAAUUGGUUUAUUGAUUAAGUUACACUUAUAAAAAAUUACAAUUGACAUCAGGAAAGCUUACAAUUUUGUACUUUACUGCUGUGUAAUAAGGCAAAUAUGUAAAUAUCUGUAACAUCAACUGUUAAUACCUAAACAUUUGUAGAAGUUGAAUAAUGCCCACAUACAGUAGAUCAUGUGCAAUUAAUAUGCAAUUAAACAUUGGUUGCAAUUUCUAUCAUCACACACUUUUGUGAUUUGAUCAACACGCUAAAUGUAUAAGGAUCUUUAGGGUAUAUUCGGAAACAGGAUACUUUUAAACGACAGUAUCUCGCGCGUGAGAUAUAUUAACAGACUUUUUUUAACCCCCGACGCAAAAACGACGGGGUGUUACAAGUUUGACGUGUCUGUCUGUCUGCCUGUGGCAUCGUAGCUCCCGAACGGAUGAACCGAUUUAGAUUAAGUUUUUUUUUUGUCUGAAAGCUGUGUUAGUUGGGAGUGUUCUUAGCCAUGUUUCAAGAAAAUCGGUCUACUAUGUCGCGGCCCGACCGUUUUUUCUAAAUUUUAAUUUUGUGGUUGGGUUAUUAAUUGUAGUGGUGGUGCACUCGUGCUAAACCCGCCUACCAAUUAGUUUUAAUACAUUGAGACCAUCUUUUAGCUACAGCGCUAUCUGCUAUGUAGCGCUUGGUUUGUGAAGUCAACCGAAUUUAGGUGGGUUUUUCGCAACUAUCCCGUUUCCGAAGCACUUUUAAUUAUAUCUGGAAACUUGAAAUGUUUUCGUAAGCCGUCCAUUUUAUAAAGCUUUUACAUUUUGUAAUAAAUAUUUUUCAAUUCUUAA